AUCGUGGCGGUGAUGUUUUUCAUGCUGGCGUUUCGCUCGCGGGUGUUUUCGCCGCUGAACGCGUCGAGACCGAAGAUUGCGAACGAGCGGUUGGCGAAGAAGCAGAAGAAGCGACCGUCGUGGACGCCGCCGGCGAUCGUGUUCCCGUUGGUUUGGAUAUCUAUGGGAUUUUUGCGCGCGUUAUCGACGAUGUUGGUGUUCGCGCAAACCGGAGUGGUGACGCACCCGGCCAUAUUGGCGCUCGUGGCGCAUCUAUCCAUCGGCGACACGUGGAACAGCAUCAACAACGUCGAGAAGAAACUCGGAGUGGCCGCCGUCGGCGUGCUCUUCGUCGUCGGAUCGGCGUAUAACGUGGUGUACCAGUACUACAAGGUGGUGCCCACCGCGGGAUACGUUAUCGCGCCGUUGGCCGUGUGGUUGACCAUCGCCACGACGCUCGUAUGGGGGAUUUGGUGCAUCAACACGCCUCGCGAGCCGCUGUAUCCGACCAAG